CGGAGGGUACGAGGAUGCCAUGGUAACGGGGGGACGGGCAGGCCUCCGCUCCGGGCAGGGUGUCUCCAGGGCCGGAGGAGACCGAUGAGGGGCGGCCGGCUGCCUGGCCGGCCAGGGAUCCGGCGCUGGCGUGAGGAGGGACGGUCCGUCACACGCAGCGAGUCACCGUCAGCUGGAGAGCGUCCUCCUGGGAGGUGGAGGGAGCCGAGCCCAGAGCAAUGGCUGUGGUAAUGAAGAGGAUCCAUGGUGCCCUACUUAAGAUAAUCUUUCACUCCUUUGGCUCCAAUAUUGCAAAGCCGAAAGCAUCUGAUGUCCUAACACAGCAUUUACUUCAGAGAAAUUUUCCUUAUUGGACGUCAUACUUUGUUAAAUACAGUUCUGUGGAAAAUGAUCAGUUUGGACUCUCACAUUUUAACUGGAAUGUUAAAGGAAUCAAUUACCAUAUUCUGAGGACAGGCUGUUUCCCGUACAUCAAGUACCACUGCUCCAUGGCACCCAAAUACAACCUGGAACCACAAAACAAGUUUUUCACUGCACUGAAAGUUAUUAACCUGGGUAUCCCCUGUUUGGCCUAUGGGAUUGGUGCAUGGUUUUUUGUCAGUGUCACUGAGGUUGUUCACACCAGUUCUGGUCCAGUGAAUAUCUACUUUCUCUACCAGGAAGAUUUAAGAGCCAGACACUGAAUAUCAUCCUGCGUGCAACUGGUCUUGAAUUCACAGAGUGAGUGCAAUAACUGAAAAAUAAAGUAUUUAUCUGAAA